AUGCCAUUUCCUACCAAACCGACCCCGACACCUCCAUCCACAAACUCGUCGAGUGCUGGUCAUUCUCCCGAUUACAGAGUCGUCCGGAAACGCAAUCGUGUUCCUUUGUCCUGCGGGCCAUGCAGACACAGAAAGUUGAAAUGUAAUCGAUCCAAUCCAUGUGAAAAUUGCGUCAAACGAGGCGACGCCGCCUCGUGUAACUAUGCACAGGCGAGCUCACGGAAAAGGAAUCUGCCUCAGAAAUCCUCGUCAAAUUCACCGGAUGAUAUGCAGAAUCGCAUCGACCGAUUGGAAGGAUUGGUGCUUUCAUUGAUGACCAAUGGAUCUCAGUCUUCGGGGCCAGCAGCUGCCAUGGCCGCCCUUUCCGGAGAGAGCAGCGCUGGCUCGACCCGCCUCUCGCACGAACUCGAUAUUGACGAGGAUGAAAUGGAAGGAGCCGAGGAGAGUGAUACCGACCAGGUGACUAAGUCAUUUGGUAUCAUGAAGGUGGACAACAAUAAGUCCUAUUACAUUAGCGACGCCCACUGGGCUUCGGUUCUGAAUGAUAUUUCCGAGGUUAAGAAUUUCUUCACAACACACAAGAAACAACUUGAUGAGCAGAUGGAAAAGGUCAAAGCGGCCCAGCCUGCAUCAGAUAAUCCGGGGUCUACUUUGCUGUUUGGCGUCAUGAAGCCGAUGAGCCGAGCCGAGAUCAUGACAAGUCUGCCAAACAAAUAUACCACUGAUCUUCUGGUGGCCCGCUACUUCAAUUCUUACGACCCGGUUACUCAUAUUCUCCACGGGCCAACGUUCCAAGCACAGUACAACAAACACUGGGAAGACCCUGCCCAAACAGAACUCGUUUGGAUUGCCAUGCUCUUCGGACUGAUGAGACUGGCGAUGCUAUCCUAUCAUCAAGAAGGCGACGAACCGCCCGAGUUCCGCGGUAAAUCCUUGGACAUGGCUGGGGCAUUUCGGAACUCGGUAGCAGAGUGCUUAACUUUGGCCGACUACACAAAAUCACAUCCUUUCUUGAUCGAAGCGCUUGUGUUUCACCUACAUGGUGAUCUGUCCCAGAAUCGAGAUGCGGAUGUCUCCGUCUGGGUCAUGACUGGCGUCAUUGUUCGUCUCGCCAUGCGAUCAGGAUAUCACCGUGACUCCAAGAUGUUCCCAAACAUUACACCCUUCCAAGGGGAGAUGCGACGGCGGGUAUGGACUUUGGUUCGGCAUGCCGAUCUACUAUUUUCAUUCCAAGUCGGGCUGCCGAGUAUGAUCCGCUGCUCUGAUAGUGACACUGAGCUACCUCGCAAUCUUUAUGAUGAUGACUUUGAUGAAGACUGCAAAGAACUCCCUCCACCUCGUCAGUUGUCUGAGCCUACACCUAUCGCAUAUCUCAUCGCCAAGGCGCGUUUGACAUAUGCAUUUGGCCGUGUGGUAGAGCAAAGCUCUGCUGUCUCGAGUGCUCCGUAUGAAAAAGUGAUGGAAAUCGACGCAGAACUUCGCCAGGCUAGAGACUUGAUCCCCGACCAUCUGAAAAUCAGACCGAUGGAUGAGUGUCAGUUGGACUCCGUAAGUCUCAUCAUGUCACGGUUCUCCGUAAUGGCCGUAUAUGACAAAGCGCAAUGCGUCCUCCAUCGCCCAUAUCUAGUCCGUGCCCGCGAAAACCCCCGUUUUACCUUCUCCCGAAGGACAUGCAUCGAUUCCGCAAUGGAACUCCUCCGGGUUCAAGCGCUCCUACACGCGGAAUCGCGGAGUGGUCGUCUCCGCAGCCGCAAAUCAAAAGUAACAUCCCUCAGCUCCACCGAUUAUCUUCUCGCAGCCACAGUAGUAUGCCUCGAUCUAUCCCACAGUCUCCAAAUGCAAAACUCCGGUCGUCCAUCCGGAGAUGUCUACACUUGGGGUCGGGAAAGGCGCGAGGAGAUGAUGACCGCUAUUCAAUUGACCAAAGAGAUUUGGGAUGAGACACGGGAUGUCAGCAUGGAAGCCUGGAAAGCAUCCAGCGUGCUGGGGGUCAUGUUGAGGAAGCUUCUCAUGCCGACGCCGGGUAUUGAGAACCCCUCUGGUGCGCCCUUCGAGCCCGCAGACGAGAAGCAGAAUGCCGCUAUGACUCUUGGUCUAUUGAGUAGUGGCAUGAGCCCCAUGAACCCAGGCCCGACUCCGUUCGCAGAUCCAAUGUUCAAAAUGAGCGAUUCGCCCAUGGGAACUGGUCCUGGCGCAGCUGAAAUGCCGGGUACACUUUCGCCAUUCAGCAGCAUGUUUGGCCAAAUGCCUGAUAUGCAGGUCAAUCUUGACUGGGAUGCCUGGGAUACUUACAUUCAAAAUCCCACACUUGACACUUCUAAUCAAUUUUGGCAACCGACUCCACAGUCUGCGGGGAUGUCUCAGCCCUCGCUUUCUAGUCCUCUCGCCACAUCGCAUGUACCCGCAAUAUCAAACGCUGCUGCAACUGCUCCCUCUCGACAUCCCGUGUUUCCGCCAUCAUCAAUCAGCCCCGAGGGCGGAGUACUGGGGACCGAAAGACUGUGGCGGGAUCCCAAUGUGCCGAAUAAUUAA